UAAAAGAGAAAACAAACAAGAUGUCGGGACGUGGAAAAACCGGAAAAGCGAAGGCGAAGCCGAAGACUCGUUCCAGCCGCGCUGGACUGCAGUUUCCCGUCGGUCGUGUCCACAGGCUGUUGAGGAAGGGUAACUAUGCUGAGCGUGUUGGUGCCGGCGCCCCGGUGUAUCUCGCAGCUGUGCUAGAGUAUCUUACUGCUGAGAUCCUGGAGCUGGCUGGGAACGCCGCCCGUGACAACAAGAAGACCAGGAUCAUCCCCCGCCACCUGCAGCUGGCCGUCCGCAAUGACGAGGAGCUGAAUAAGCUUCUGGGCGGAGUGACGAUCGCUCAGGGCGGCGUGCUGCCCAACAUCCAGGCCGUGCUGUUGCCCAAGAAGACUGAGAAGGCCAAAUAAAAUCCCACGACCACCUUUAAU